AUGGCCAAGUCACUUCGGUCAAGGGCCAAGCUGGCUCACAGACAGGCAAAGCGCACGAAUCCCAAUUCUGACUACGCCAUCACAAACGCAGCCAGGACAAACGCGAUUGCACAGAGGCUAGCAGCCCGCAUGAAUAUGCCCAAAGAGGCUCACAAAGAUGGUGAACUGGAUGCAGAAGAACAAGAGGAGGGCGAAAUGGGCAAUGCUGCGCAGGGUGAGCAUCCACGCCGCGAAUCUGCUGCAGUGUCAUCAGAAGCGCUCGACUGGCAGCUUUUUGGCAUGUUAGACCCGGAUUGCUUGGGCGUCGCGCAGGUAGCUGUAUGCACAGACUGUCUACAGCACCAGUCUGGAGCAGGCUCUCUGUUCGAGUGGCUCGUGUCGUCGCGCCAGGAAAGCAAUCCGAUGGAUCCCGUAUCUCAUCGCACGCCUACCCCGUGUCUAGACAAGCUUUGCUAACGCUUUGCUUGCUGCAUUCUCGUGUGCAUCCACUUCAGCGAUGGAAACGGAUGCUGGCACAUCCGCAAAGCCAGAAGCGUCGGAACGUAUCUCGACGGGAGGAGCCAGGGAAAGUGGGAGGGAGACGUGGCGCAAAGCCCGAGGUAUGAAGGUCAGGAAGUCUCACAAUCCUACUGGAUUCGGCGCUCGCAGCAAGAAUGGCGGCAAGACGAAGAGGCGAAGAUGA